GAGAGAAUCGAGCGCUCGCAACUUCCGCGACUGGCCGACGGGAAGUUGCCAAAUACCACAAAUGCCAGGAGCGCAGAGGCUCCGGAGCUCCGCUGGCGCAGCAUGACCUUCCCUCUUCGCAGAUCCACCUCAGGUAGGGUGGACGGGACGGAAUGAACGGGGCAAAGCUCGACCCGGGAUAGCUUUUUUUGGUUAAGUCGAGUCUAAGUUGUGGUAGAGGAAACCAGAGGAAAAUUCUUGAUGGCUUGGGUGGAUGUUCUCAGUGGAUCUCAGAGCCAAGUGAAGCCAUGGCUUUUGGAGGGAUUUGAGAGGGUCUGGGCAAGUCGAAUUUUACAGUGGCACAGCUUUGGUGUAGUACCACUUUGGGCCACAAAGCCGGCAGGCAGCACUGAGCUCUCCUGGAUAUUUACAGUGACUGUACCAUCUAUGAUAAUUCCCGUUAGCAUUUCUAAGGAAUUUUACAUCAUCCGGUAGCAUUAAGAUAGUGGAUGUUAUAGAACAAAGUAUUUUAAUAAAUGUUUUGAGAGAAGUUUGAAAAUAGCGAGUUGUUUUUCCUCUUUGUUUUCCGCUUUUGGAGUGGGAAGCUGCUGCUUGCUCUUUUUCUUGCGUUGCAAACUUGCCGCCCUGAGCCAGGUGAGAAGUGGCUUUUGGCUUGCGACUCGGUGCAGCUCCCUCUGGUGGACACCGCGAGGUACAAGUCACGUUGCAAAGCGAUGGAUGAAGCGGAAACGUGCGUCUUGAAGUUCGUCCGUUUUUUUCUUUUGUGUGUGUGUCUGUGUGUGUGUGUGUGUGAAAGUGACAAUGCGCUUUUGAGGGUGGGGUGUCUUUUUUUAGUUUCUUUUAGACAGGCCCUGUGAGUGCAUGCUAAUGUGUCUGACUGGUCUUUUCAGUGUGAGAGAGAGAGAGUGCGUGUUGCAGAGGUCUCCUUGCAGCGCCUCUGCACCAAAACAGCAGCACAUCCCCGCCCCUUCACAAGCCCCCACCCCUACUCCUGCAGCUUCCUCCAUCUUCCUUCGUGCUCACGCCCCCCCCCCCCGCCUUUUUUUGUGAAUGCUGCUUAGUUUCAUUGACAAAUAGAAGGACUGGAGGGGGGCAGGUGUGUGUGUGUGUGGGGGGGGGGGGAGUACUUGCAAGGAGGGCUCACUGCAGCUGCGCAACAGCUUCAUCACAAACACACAUAGCCACGCAUACAUGCUUGCACACACGUGCACACAAAUGCUGUUGCUCACACACACAACACAUACAUUCACACAUACACGUCCAAACUAGAACGUAUACGAAAAAAAGUCACACACAACACUCACACAAAAACACACACACACACACUCACAAAACGAACUGCUUCUCACACACACACAUUCUCACCCCCAAAGAGCCACGCAUGCACUCUGUGACACACACCUUCAGAUGCAAGAGCAGAUGCUCGGAUGUGGACGGAGGUCGUCCGGACUGAGGGGCGUCGCCGCGGCAACCAGGCUACGCGGGGGGGCCGCGGCAGUCUGAGGAGCCGGUGCAGGAGCCGGCAGGAGGGGGCGAGGCGGGCGGGGGUCGUCGGGGGUCUUUACCAGAUUCUUGAAGCGCGCCGAUGGACGUGAGGACGUGUGGGCGCGCAGCGGCCGCUGACGCCUCCGGGCCGUGAACAUCUCACCUUGCCUCGCCCCCCCCCUGGGCUCCCAUGUCGCGCGCGGCGGCCAUCGCCAGCUCGCUGAUGCGCCAGAAGCGGCAAGCGCGGGAACGUGAGAAGACUAGCGCGUGCCGCGCAGGCGAGGCCAACGACAGCGCUGGCAGCAAAUUGAACGUGUUCGCGCGCGUCAACUUGUUUGGCGCCCGCAAGAAGAGGAAGAGGAGGAGGCCGCCAGAGCCGCAGCUGAAAGGCAUCGUGACGCGGCUGUCAAGUCGGCAGGGCUUCCAGCUGCAGCUUCAGCCCGAUGGCACCAUCGAUGGAACCAAAGAAGAAGACGCCGCCUACGCCGUGUUCAAUCUGAUCCCCGUGGGACUUCGUGUGGUCGCCAUCCAAGGCGUCCAAACCAAACAGUACCUGGCCAUGAACAGCGAGGGCUUCCUCUACACUUCCGAACACUUCACGCCCGAGUGCAAGUUCAAGGAGUCAGUGUUCGAGAACUACUACGUGACCUACUCGUCCAUGAUGUACCGCCAGCAGGCGUCGGGCCGAGCCUGGUACUUGGGACUCGACAAGGAGGGCGCCAUCAUGAAAGGCAACCACGUCAAGAAGAACAAGGCCGCCGCCCACUUCAUUCCCAAACCGCUUAAAGUGGCCAUGUACAGAGAGCCGUCCCUUCACGACCUGACCGAGCUGUCGCGUUCAAGCAGCGGCACACCGACUAAAAGUCGCUCCGCUUCGGCUCUACUCAAUGGAGGGAAGUCGCCUAGCAACAACGAUCUGUCCUAGCCCCACCCUCGCCUGCUCAAGCCCACCCCACACGCACACAAACACACACAAACACACGGUCUGCGUUGGGAAUCAUUCACUCCUUUUCUAUCAGAUGCAGACGGCGAAUUCAACAGUCAUCACUACGGCGUGAUUUUUCUACAGUGGACCUUGAGAGCUCCCCAAAAAAGAUCUUCUGCGUUGGCAAUCAUUUGCUCAUUCCCAGUCAACGCGCACGUAAGGCAGAUUUGAUUCUGGAAAGCAACUUUUGAGCCACCGUCCGUUUUGGAGGGGAGGGGCCUAUCUUCUCCUCAUGCUCAUCACGCCCCAGCCGCACACGGGCCUGCAAAGACAAUCGUCUGACAGACUGAAGACGCAUCCAAAGAGGAAGGCGGGCUGUUGCUAAGGAACAGACGGCCAUGUUUACACGGAGCCGGUGGCGGCCAUCUUUGUAGCUGUUAGCGAGGUGUGGCGCGUGCCCGCGAGCUGCGACGUUUACAAGCCCGCCUUGCUCUUCACGAGACAAUUCUUGGCAAACCAUAACAAGGCAUCUUGCACACUCGUUUGGACAUUCCAAGAAUGAGCCCUUUUCGCAAGCUUUCCAUGACAAACUGAAUGAAAAAUUGCCCUACUGGUACUACAUUUUGCAACCUAGUCAAAUAACGUCAAAUUACUCAUUCGGGACAGAUCCAAGUCAAAGCAUUCCAACUUCAACUUGUUCCGCUCACUCAGGACAUUUGCGCUUUUCCUAAUCACUCACUACUUUGCUAUGUUAGCAUGGCAGCCGUGAGCAACCAACUCCGCCCCCAGCUCCGAUUGCACAUUUCUUCCAUUUCAAAGAAAUCUCCAGCACUGGAGUGCCACGUCGCAACUUCUCCGCAAAUGGCGUCGUCUUUUUUGCUUCCUUAGUUUGCUCCAGUUUGUGCCCCGGUGCUUGUCUUGCCGCAUGAGCGCUCGCUCGCUGACGUCCGGCCUCGUAUCAGCAUGCCGAGGUUGCCCAUUAUGUUUACGCUCGCCGGAGGGUGCCAGUGAGCCACAAGGGACAAACCAGAACUCUCGCGACGGGGACCAACGAGAAAGCGGUGGCGGCCGACGGCGGAGCGCCGAACCCUUUCCUUCCCGCUGUGGACUGAA